CUUGCCAUCCAAAUAAUCCUCUAUAAAUACUUUUUUAUGUGCGAGAUGAAGAAGCGGAAGAAUUAUUAAUGGAGUGGAGGAAGUGCUACUUGGAUCUUGUGCUCGUGCCGUUAGGCCUCUUCUUCCUCCUCGUCUAUCACCUCUGGCUUUGGUACAGGGUCAGUUCCAAGCCGCUGCAUACGAUCAUCGGCAUCAACUCUAUCGGCCGCCGUCUAUGGGUCAAAGCUAUGAUGAAAGACAAUGACAAGAAGAACAUACUGGCGGUGCAAACGCUCCGGAACACGAUGAUGGGGUCGACGCUGAUGGCCACCACCUCCAUCUUCCUCUGCUCCGGCCUCGCCGCCGUCCUCAGCAGCACCUACUCCGUGAAGCGGCCGCUGUACGACUCCGUCUUCGGCGCGCACGGUGACUUCACGGUUGUCCUCAAGUUCGUCUCCCUCCUCGUCGUCUUGGUCUUCGCCUUCCUCUGCCACUCCCUCUCCAUCCGCUUCCUCAACCAGGGCUGCUUCCUCAUCAACGUAACUCCCUCCCACGACUCCCACGUCACCGUCGCCUACGUCGUCGACCUCCUCGAGAAGGGCUUCGCCCUCAACACCGUCGGCAACCGCCUCUUCUACGCCGCCCUGCCGCUGCUCCUCUGGACCUUCGGCCCUCUGCUCGUCGUCUUCUCCUCCCUCACCAUGGUGCUCAUUUUCUACAACCUCGACGUGGCGUUCCAGGACCAAAAGGUCAUCGAACACAUCUGCGUGUAAAGCAUUAGCUAGCAAAAUUAUGAGGGCAUAUUCGUAAAUGACAAAUCCUGCCCGAUACAACUCGGUUACAGCUGCAGGAGCAAUAAUAUAUACUUUAGAUUCCUAGUUAUUGGAAUCAAAUUACUGGAAGAAUAAUAU